AUGAAUACUAUAAAGGAUAUCAUUGGUGAUUAUGCCCUUGGAAAAUACAAGAAUAUGACUAAUGAUGAACUAAUAGAUUGUAUGCAACAAUUAAUUUAUAUCAUUGAUGAAGAAACUACUCCAGAAGAGAAGUUAGCAUUGAAAAAACCAUAUUGGAGUCUUGUAUAUAGAAUAGCUAAUGGAAAAGGUUUAAUGUGGGAUUUACCAAGAAAGAAGAAAGAAGAAAAAACAGAAGAAGAAAAUAAAACAUAUAGAAAAUUAAUAAGAGAUAAAAAAACAGAAGAAAGUAAACCAGAGAAAAAUGAUAAUUAA